AUGAGCAGUGAUGGGAGUAGUUUAAAGCUGACGCCGGUUGCGGAGUUGAGUUUGGGGCAGAGGCUGGAUAAGUGGAUGGUUAACGAAGUAGGUGCCAGCCGCCUUACCUACGGCGUAUUCAUUCUCCUUCAUGCUUUGGUCUUCUCCUUCGGCAUGAUGAACUACUCCGUGAAAGACAACCUCACCACCGCCCGCGCAACCUUCGGCCCAACCUAUGCCAUCGCCCGUUCCGCCGCCCUCGUGCUCCACGUCGACGUAGCCCUUAUCUUGUUGCCUGUGUGUAGGAAUUUGAUCUCGUUGGCGAGGAGGACACCUUUGAAUGGUGUUAUUCCCUUCGAUGCGAAUAUCGAGUUUCAUAAGGCUGUGGCGUGGAGUAUUGUGUUUUUCUCUUUGGUUCAUACCUUUGCACACUUUGUCAAUUUUGGGAGGUUAGCGGCCAGUGCCAAUCUUGGGGUUAAGGGAUGGUUGUUGGCGAACUUCCGGACGGGACCGGGGGCGUCGGGGUGGGUCAUGCUCAUCUCACUGGGCAUUAUGGUGUGGUACGCAGUCGAAAAACAGCGUCGAAAACCCAACGGCGGCUAUGACCGGUUUUGGAGCACGCAUCAUCUCUUCAUCGUCUUCUUUGGAGCGUGGUCGAUUCAUGGAGCGUUUUGCAUGAUCAAACCUGAUCGUCCACCGUUUUGUGCGCAGAUUGGGGUGUUUUGGAAGUAUUGGCUCGUUGGUGGGGUUAUCUACGGACUCGAGCGUGCGGCUAGGGAAUGGCGUGGGACGCAUCGCACUUACAUCUCGAAAGUCAUUCAACACCCCAGCCGCGUCUGCGAAAUCCAAAUCAAGAAAGAAAAUGUGAAUUCGCGGGCUGGACAGUACAUCUUCCUCUGUUGUCCCGAAAUCAGUUUGGUGCAGUAUCAUCCGUUUACGCUCACGAGUGCGCCGGAGGAGGAGUUCAUCAGUGUGCAUAUCCGUUGUGUUGGUGAUUUUACGACGAUGCUCGCGAGGAGGUUGGGGUGUGAUUUUGACAACAAGACGAAGAAGGAGGAGGGUGGAGCGAGGGGCGAUAUUCGGGGUGAUCCUCGUGCGUCUCGUCUGGUUGGUCUCGAUACCUCGCAGCCAUCGCAAUCAAUGGACGACCCCGCCCUCCACCGUGUUCUUCCCCGCGUGAUGAUUGAUGGACCCUUUGGCUCCGCCAGUGAGGAUGUGUUCAAGUAUGAAGUCGCCAUGCUCGUCGGUGCAGGAAUUGGUGUCACGCCCUUUGCCAGUAUUCUGAAGAGUAUUUGGUAUCGUGUUGGUGGGUUGGGAAAGAAGGGACGGGGAAGGUUGGCGAAGGUGUAUUUCUUUUGGGUGAUUAGGGAUUUUGGAAGUCUGGAGUGGUUCCGGUCGUUGUUAUUGGCGAUUGAAGCACAAGAUAUCGGCCACCUCAUCGAAAUACACACCUACCUCACCCUCAAAAUCAAACCUGACGACGCACAAAACAUCAUGAUCCAAGAUGCUGGAGCUACGGUCGACGCUAUCACUGGUCUUCGCUCCCCUACGAAUUUUGGGAGACCGGAUUGGGAUAGGGUGUUUGAGAGUGUGAGGAGUUUGCAUCCGGCGACGGAUGUGGGUGUGUUUUUUUGUGGGCCGGAGGUGUUGAGUAAGACGUUGCAUAAUAAGUGUAAUGAGUGGAGUGAGCCGGGGAAGGAUGGGACGAGGUUUGUGUAUGGGAAGGAGAAUUUCUAG